UAGUUGCGUCCUCCAUCAAUAAAAAGUGCUCAGUCUCCAACACCUGUCUUCGCAUGGAUGAUAUUUUUCAGGCUGCCUCGAGCUCUGCUCGACUGGCCGCCAGAUCUGCAGUGAUUCGUCCCCGUGGCAAUAAUCAACCGCGAAUUACUCCUGAUCACAAGGCCCAUUUCUGCACUGUCGCUAUUGCCAAAUGUACUACCGUCGCAGUUCACUUUAAAAUGGUCGGAGAGCAGGGGCUUGGAAGUGACGAGGACCAUCCCGAGCGCAAGAAAUCCCAUGGUAAUUUGCAUAAUACAAGCUGCCAACUUGCCAUUAACGUGCCUUGCACAAUUUUUGUAGACAGCUUAGAUAACGCUAGGGUUUCCUCCGGAGCGCCGGCUUUGGUCAGAUAAUUAAUUUCUUCUCGGGGCUUCGCAUAAUAAAGGUUUGUGACGGUAAAGAUUAGGUGGCGGCGGCGGUUGUUCUUCGCAUUUCUCCCCCACUCCCAUCUCUCCGCUUGGGAAUCGGUGGCCAUGGUGAAGUAUUCGAGAGAGCCAGAAAACCCCACCAAGGCUGCCAAGGCCAUGGGCCGAGACUUGAGGGUUCACUUCAAGAAUACCCGAGAAACAGCUCAUGCAAUUAGAAAGUUGCCUCUGGCCAAGGCAAAAAGGUAUCUUGAAGAUGUAAUAGCUCACAAACAGGCCAUUCCCUUUCGAAGGUUUUGUAGUGGAGUUGGCCGUACAUCUCAAGCUAAGUCCCGCCAUGCUAAUGGUCAGGGGCGCUGGCCUGUGAAGUUUGCUAGAUUUAUAUUAGACUUGCUUAAGAAUGCUGAGAGCAAUGCAGAUGUUAAAGGUUUGGAUGUGGAUGCACUUUACAUUUCCCACAUUCAGGUCAAUCAAGCGCAGAAGCAGAGGCGCCGAACAUACCGUGCCCAUGGACAAAUCAAUCUUAAGUCCAGUUCUUGGGUUAAAUUGAAAUUUUUUUGAUGCUUUAUUUGGCUAACCACUGAAAAAUAUUCAUUCUGGCAGCUUAUAUGUCAUCACCAUGUCAUAUUGAAUUGAUAUUGUCUGAAAAGGAAGAGCCAGUCAAAAAAGAGGCAGAGACUCAGCUGGCUCCUAGAAAGCCGAAGAAAGCUCAGGCUUAACUAAUUCGUUUAUCUUGAGGAUUGGAGAAGAAAUAGUUUGAGUAUUUUGUGACCCAGUUUAAUGUGUUAUUUUAUUGUAGUGCCGUAUAUGUUCUUUGGAAUUAUUUUGCACAUUUAUGCCUCUUUGUUUGUUUGAGCUUAGCAUUUAAGACCGUUGCAUGCCUUGUUUACUAGGAGCCUUUGUGUCAGAAUUCUGGAGAUGCGAGUAAAAUAUCCAGGGAUAUGGAAUUAGGCAAGGCAAGCUUGGUAUUGGAAUUUGGGUCAAGGAAUUUUAACUAGAUGACAAGUACUGAUCAACGUUGCAGAAGGCUGAUCAAAUGUUAUGGAUCAGGGUUGUAAAUGUUAUCAUUUGGACGGGUCUGCAACCUGAAUCCUUUUUAACCCCAGCCAGUUCCUGGGCCUCCAGGUCGAUGCUAAGUUAUGUCAGAACUCAGAGGAAAAACUUAACAUAGUUUUCAGUCGCUCUUCAUUCACUUUUCCGGAAACUAGCACCUGUCCACAAGAUGAAAGAGUAAAAUCAGAAUAAAAUCAGAUAUGACUUAUGAGGGCAUGAUUUUGAAAGCUCAUACUAGGGACUGGGAUAUUAAUCAGUUUGAAACCAUUAUUUUUUGAAAGCUCAGAUAUUAAAGCCGCAUGAAUGGAUGAAUUUGAAACCAGCCUUCAGAACUUCUUUUCUUAUUAUUUCCUUGUUUUGUUUUUUGUUUUUUUGAUGCUACUAUCUCCUUUUUCAGAUUAUAACGUUGAGAACAUGAUGAGCGAACCAUGAAUGCAAUAAUUUCACGGCAGAAGAGUUUUAAAAACUCGGGUGAGAUAGGUGGUUGUUGUGGUUUUAUCAAAAAGCCAUGUAAUAUCCUGUUAUAUUUACAUAAACUUUCUGGCUGUCAAGAGCUAGUUAUAAAAUGACCAAGAGCUAAUUAUAGAAUGGCAGUCAAAUGAAGGCCUUAAAUCUGUUUAACCAAUUAUCAAAUAGUUGAUGUGACCACUAUAUCUGUGUGCCACCUAUAGAGGGGACUCC